UCGUUUAAAUGUAGCUGACGAUGAUUACAGUUGUAAUCGAAAGCUCCUGUUUUAAAUAAAAGUUUUAAAAUAAUGAUUGUUGAACUCAUACAAUUAAUCUUUUCCUUUAUGAAAUUAUUACCUUCUCCUGUAUUUUCAGGUACAUCUACCGCCUCAAUUCAUAUCGAUCAACAAGCUUAUUUUGUUUGAAGGAGAAAUUCAGAAACCAGAGAAGAAAAUAGAAAAAAAUUAGAAAAGAAAAGAGAAAGAUUUAAUACUUUGUACAGUUAUCGACUUUAUACAAAAACUGGAUAUUUUGCCACCCCGCACGGAAGGGGGAAUUUGAUGACUUUGAUUAACGCGUUUUUUUAAAUAAAAGUACAGGCGCUUUUAUUAAAAAGUUUUUAGCAGGAGUUCCAUUAAAAUGACUUUGAUGGCACAAGAAUUUUAUCUAAUAGAUAUAUAUCGCUUAGCAAAAGAUACCUGUUUCACUUCGUGUCCUGCUUAAAUACACCCAACGCAAACGCAUUGGUAUUAAAAGAAUAUAGAACAACGUUGUCAAUGACAUCAAACGUCUGACAAAACAGAAAAUGAUGAAGUCGAAGAGCCAAUGCUAUUGCGUUUUCUGAUAGAGCUAUUAUCAUUUCGGACGUUAUAUCACAAAUAUAACUCUUUCAAAAACUUUCAGCAAAAUGAUCGUAACUCUAUCAGAAAACAUGGUGACGAACUGGGAGACAUCUCAUUUUGUAGAGAAAUCUUAAGUCUCCAACCAAAUCGAAUAAAAGUAAUCGAGUAUUGGGUAAUCCUAUCUGGGUAAUCCAGUCCAAUACCCAAUAUACCUAGGUACAGGUGAAAAGAAAGUAUUGAGUAUUGGGCAAUCCAUGCUAGCUAACCCAAUACAGUAGUCAAUAUAUCUAGAUGACCCAAUACUAUACUCAAUAUUACUUGAUAUAUCAAUGGUCGAUCAGUGUCGUAGAGGAGAAGAGGUACACUCAUCUUCUUCUAUGAAAUAAUUUUUUAAAUGAUGACGCUGAUAACGAACGAAAGAUUUUAAAUUUGUAUUAAUAAAUGCUAAUUCACACAAUAGACAUUGCGUAGAAAAAUUUCGGCUGUCGCCUGGACAAUUUUGAUGUGACGCAAAAAUGAACGGAUGUUAUCGAUAGCGACGGAGCAUAAGCUGCAAUGAUGAGCAGUAUUUGACAUAAGAAUUGUCUUAGUUAUAUCCAAAACACGGAGAGAGAAACUAAUCGUUAAUUUGGUCAGCAGAACCAGGAAUUCUUAAUUUCUGCCUAAGUCGUCGUUUAUAGAUAGCGCAUUCAUAAAAUAAUAUAGAAGAAAGACGACACUCAACAUUUUUCACUCUCAAGCAGUCAAAGACCGUUCACAUUGCAAGAGCCUAAUACUAGCAAAGAAUCGGUUGAAUCAUUUAGGACAAAAAAACAAAAAUGCAUCUCAGCAACUAUUCUGUGACGGUUGUCCCCUUCCCAAAACAGAUUCACUCUCAAGGGUGCAACAUGUUUUCCACCGCAAAAAGCCAAAACUUAGGUGGCUGUUUCACUCUCCCUAUUCAGCUGGAGAAUUGCAGGGCUUGGCUAAAAGCGUCUUCUAAGCAGUUUCUGACUUCAAGAAGGUGGCAGUCUUUUCCCCUCCUACUCUUUCAUUUUUUCAUUUUAUCUCUCUCUCGUACGAUCUUCAGAAAGAUAUCAUUUUCCACAUACAUACGAUUUUCCAUAAAAUAGAAAAUAAAUUUUUACAGUGCAGACAUAUAGAAUAAAUACAUAGACGUCAUUACUUACAUUCUCUCAAUUUACACAAAUCUGAUGCAUUGGAAUAGUAAUUAUUCUUUUAUUCUAUGAAAUAUGCUCAAAAGAAACUAGAAUUAUGUUCAAGCUGCAAAACUUAACCAUCUUUGACACUUUUCCACAUUCAAAAGCAUCAAAUUUGUUCUAAUUGUUUCACUCAACAUUACAUCAUAACGUUAUCAUUUGUUUCUCAUUCCUGUCAAAUUACGUAAUGAUAGAUAAACAAAAAAAUAACGGAAAGAUAAAGUAAUAUACAAACAAAGAAACAAAUAAUGGCUUGAAGAGUUGAUAUAUUCUGUUAACAGAACGCAAAGUUAUUACUCUUCUGUUAACAAUAUAUAAUUACGAAAAUAAAAAGGAUGUUUCUUUUCUUUCCAACAGACAUAGUCUACUGUUCGGAAUGGGUGGAUUAUAAAAAGAUUAACAGUGCUUCUAUCAACUAACAAUAAUCUUAUUGUAUCAAAUGUUUAAAAAUGCAAUACGUCUAUCGUUACUCUUCGUUCAUUUUUUUAUUAUUCUCUGUUACUUAGUCGUUCUCGGUUACAGAAGUACUGGUGGCGAUAGCGGAAAUAAGGAUGAUGUUCUCUAUGGUGAAAUUGGAUGGCAUUAUGUAAUCAAAGUUAUUUUAUCAGUAACUAUUAUAAUCGGUGUCGUCAAACAACUAUCACGAAAAGAUUUUUGGUUCUUGCUCGUCUGUGUAGCUAUUACAACCAUUUUUACACUGAUACAAAUCGGACGUCAUACAUAUUUAACGCUAAUGAGGGGUACGGAAUAUAAAACAGAAUUGACUAUUGUCGCUGUUAUUGACUCGAUUAUUUUGACUGUCCUAUGGUCUUAUUUAUGGCUAAAAUUUAAGCAAUUAAAGCGACAACACGAACAACACAAUGACGCAGUCGUUACCGACGUUUCUUUACGAAUAGGAGAGGCUAACGCCAUUCGAUGUGUACUCCAUGAACUAUCUGACAUUAUACGUGGCGCAUGGAGUCACUUGAAACCGCCGAUUAGUCUUGGUAUAGCUAUCGCUCUUCCAUCUUGGAUAAUCAAAGUUUAUUUUAUGACACACCUCUGUCAAAUGACAUUGCUCGCUCCGUUCAUCUCCUCGUAUUGCUCACCGACACCUACUGAGAAUCCAUCGCUUAACAACGAGAAAUACGUUAAAAUAUCUCCCAUCGGCAUGUAUGUCGAAAAGAGUGCAUCACUUGCUGAAAUGCUGGCUGAUUCUGAAAUAUCAGCUCCUACUCGAAUGAUGGAAGCAAAAAUGGCCAUUACCGAUCUCAUACCAGUUCUUCAAUACAGUGACGUCGAACCGCCCAUGAAGCAGCAGCUACUACACCAUUUAAAUAAUAUGAGACGAUCAAUUCAAGACGUUACUACCAAGAUAACAACAAUGGUGGCAGCGUUCAACGAGGCACUAGAGAAUCUUAAAAUGUAUAUCGAAUACACAUUAACUCAUCUCACAUAUGUUCAAUCAUCGCCGAAUUUGUCAACGUUCGACGGACAACAAGAUCUUCAGAAAUCAUUCAGUACCUAUCUGACAUCGAUAAACGAUGAAGUGAAUCGAGUUUUGUUCAAAACACAAGAUGUUUCUCAAGAUCUCAAGGAUAUUGAUGAGUCUUUAUACACAAUCAAUGACUUACUUCGACGACAUCAAGCCGUCACAAGAAACGACCUGGACAAGCUCGAACAUGGUAGCUAUCUAGCCACUUUAUAUCGAAUGACGGUUGGAAACGGGAGAAUCGAUCAAGUAAAAUACAAAAGAAAUAUAAUAACUCUGGACAAUUUUGCUCAUUUUACACAACACUUAUCGGCAAACACCAAUAAUAUCAUUUUGAAGUUGUCAGAAUUUACCAGCGAAGCCGAUCAACUCAAAGAGACUGUUGCCUUAGUAUCUCUUCAGACGAUUCCAAUUGAAGUCCAUACUGAACUAUUGAGAAAAGCAAUCAAAAGACUGGAUACGUCGAAGGAAACGUUUCGUGGACGUAAACGGUUAGAUUACAAAGCAUAA